UGCCACUCGUACCUUGCCAACUCGUCGUCACCGGUCCCGGUUUCUAUAUGCAAUACCUAGCUUGUACUGGAUAAUCCUCACUAUCUCAACCACCAACACGAGGCAUGGUGAGGACCACACGGGCUGCGCGGGCGGCUACCGCCGAUGCCGAAGCAGCGGCGGCGGCGGCUGCAGAGGCUGGGACAGAAGCACCGCCAGCACCGGUGGAGGAGGACCAGUCCGCCUCACCCGCUCAUCCUGAGCAGCAAGAGCCUGGUCAAGGCAAAGCGGAUGAAAAUCGUUACAGCCAACCAAGUGAAUCUGGCUCUCGAAGUCAGAGCAGACCUGAGCCGGAACAUACCCCAGAUGGCGAUCAUGGCUUCGCCGGACAGGGAGGCGCAACCUCGUUCACGCCUCGUGACCCUGCGAGUCAUAUCAAGAUCAUGCUCGCUACUGACAACCAUGUGGGGUACAUGGAGCGAGAUCCGGUACGAGGACAGGACUCGAUCAACACAUUCAGAGAGAUCCUGCAGCUAGCAGUAGCCCACGACGUGGACAUGAUUCUCCUCGGAGGGGAUCUGUUUCACGAGAACAAGCCCACCAGGGCAACCCUGCAUCAGGUCAUGGCGUCCAUCCGAGAGUACUGUAUGGGAGACAAGCCUAUCUCUCUGGAGCUUCUCAGCGAUCCCAAUGACGGUCAGGCAGACGGCUACAGCUUCCCGGCUGUCAAUUACGAAGAUGCCAAUCUCAACGUUUCCAUCCCAGUCUUCUCCAUCCAUGGCAAUCAUGAUGAUCCUCAAGGCGUGGGCAUAGACGGGGCAUUGUCAGCACUGGACUUGCUCUCUGUGUCCGGACUUGUCAACUACUUUGGCAAGAUCGAGCUUCCCUCUGACGAUCAGACUGCUCAGAACUCUUCAAGAAGGGCGCCAAAUGCAGGAGGUUUGUCAGAUGUGGGAAUCCGAAUCAGGCCCGUGCUGCUGCAGAAAGGAGACACAAAACUGGCCCUCUACGGCAUGGGCAACAUCAAAGAUGAGCGCAUGCAUUAUGAGCUCAGAGCGAACCGAGUGAGGAUGUAUCGACCCCGGGAGGACCCUGAUGACUGGUUCAACAUCCUCGUUGUUCACCAGAACAGAGCUGCACACAACCCAAAAGCUUGUGUGCCCGAGACCAUGUUUGACGACUCGGUACAUUUGGUAGUGUGGGGACAUGAACAUGAGCAGCUGAUCAAUCCUCAGCCAGUAGGAGGGAAAAGAUACUACAUCACGCAGCCCGGCAGCAGUGUGGCGACAAGCUUGAGCCCAGGCGAAGCAUCUGAAAAAUCGGUUGCCAUCGUACAUAUAGAGGGUCGAGGCUUUUCUAUGGAGCCAAUUCCUCUGCAGACGGUCAGACCCUUCAUCAUGGACGACAUGGCAUUGAAGGAAGAGGCAGAAGACGCGCAGGUUUCACUCGAUGACAAAGGCGCGCUGCAGAACCUGCUCAAGAACAGAGUGUACGAGCUCAUCGACAGGGCGAACGAAGAGUGGGAUCAGAAGCAUGCGCACCUUCGUCCGCGAGAUCGACCGCAACGUAUGCUGCCUCUGGUCCGUCUUCGAGUGGAGUACGAGGCCAACUUCGAGCUGGGCAACCCGAUCCGCUUCGGUCAAGAGUUCAUCGACAAGGUGGCCAAUCCGAAGGACGUCCUGCAAUUCCACAAGAAGAAGGCGCCUCCUCGCAAGAAGGCGUCUAGCGAUCGACGCUAUGCCUAUGUCGAUGUGGAGCCCGAAGACCUGAUGUCGGUAGAGAAAUUUGAGAAGAUCAAAGUCGGCGGACUCGUCAAGGAAUUCUUGGACGCGCAAAAGCUCGAGCUGCUCAACUCAGACGGGCUAGAGCGGGCCAUCACCAACUUUGUAGACAAGGACGAUCGUGACGCUAUUCAACACUUUGUCAAGAGUAUGAUGAAGACUUUCCAGGGCACACUCAACUCUAUGGCGCCCAAUGAGGAGCAGCUUGAGCAUGAGCUUGACAGAAUCCGUGAAGAGCAGAGCAAGAACGAUGAGAGGAGGGCUGAGUCUCGUCGAAGAGCGCAAGAGGAAGAAGAGCAAGACGUCAACGAUCAUACGGGAACAAGCAGAGGCGCAGAUAAAGGCAAGGCUCCCAAAAGCAAAAGCGGCAGGACGGCAAAGCAAGUCGACUCGGACGACUCGAUGUUGAUGGAUGAAGGCAGCGACGGCUUUUCUGACAGCAGUCGUGCUAGUCCCGUUGCUCGCACUGGCGGCUCGUCCCGUAGAGGAGGCGCGAGCAACAAAGCCAGCGGCUCGCGCUCCACUGCUAAGAGCGGCAGUCGAAGUCGCAGCAAUGGCAUGUUCCUCGGUCAGUCGCAAGAGGAUGACGAAGAAGACAUCAUGGACCAAGAAGAGGAGGAAGACUCCACUCCUGCACCUCGCGCUCCCGCCGCUACCUCCAAGGCUACAUCUCGCGCCCAAGCCCUUGCCCGCAACACACCUGCCAAGAAGAAGGCUCCUGCUGCUGCCAGUACCAGUACGGCACGCAAGGCGACAACGACGGGACGGGGAGGUCGGGCAGCAGCCGCCAAGGCCUCGCGCCGGAUCACUGCUGAAGCAGAGAGCGACGAUGGGAGUCUGAGCUCGCCUGGGGAUGGCGCAGGCAGCGAUAGUCCUGGUUUCGAAGAGCUAGAUGAGGAAGAGAGUCAAGCGGCGGCUGCGAAGAGCAGGGCUGGAGCGGGAAGAAAAGGGGCGGCGGGAAGACGAUGAGAGUGCGAUGGCUUGAGCGCUGGCAAGGAGACACACGACUCGCAAAUAGCCCAGGGCUCGCGGGACUCGAGGGCAAUCGUACACCCCUCCCCAUUACACUUCUUUCGCCCUAUCCCUUCAUCCAUACUCAAUGUCAAUCGCUCUUCAUGCUGCUGGUCCCGAAAGGCCAGAUCAAACGCUC